AUGAAGGAUUUGGCCCUGUCCCUGCUGAGUCGGGGGUGUGGUCGAUUUGUCUCGUCCAAUGGGAACACAGGGGGACAUGGCGGACGGCUGGACGUCUGCUUCACGCCGCAGGAUUACUAUAUCUGGAAGUCCCAGGACUCCCUGCUGCGUCUGUCCGACGGCGGCCGUCUGCUCGCGGAGGCCGAGUCGGCCCUUCCAAAGACCUACAGCACCCGCAGGGGGCCCCUCCUGCUGUACUCCCAGGACUUGGUUUCCAUGGAAACCGGCUGUCGCCCAGAGACCAGAGACAGGAAGCGGAGGGUUGUUCGGCAGUUCACUCAACAAGUGGGGCAGCAGCUGAGUACCGUCAAGCAGUUAUCAGCGGCCAUUUUGAGCUACAGCAACACUCAGUUCCCCAGCUCCAGACUCAGCGCACUCUUUUUCCCUCCUCUUCAUCCCCCUCUUGCUCCAGACCUCCAUCGUCUCAAUCCUGCGUGGCAAGAGCAGCCAAGUCCAGAGCAACCACAGACUCAACCUGCAGGUAAAAGAGGGACAGAUAAAGAGGAGGAGCAUGGAAGCAGGAAGAGGGUCAGACUGGACCUCUUCCUCCAGAUACCCUGCACCCCUCGGACUCCAACCCCACCGAUGGAGCCUCCGCCCUGGGUACACUAUGUCGCAGUGACCCCUGAAGAACAAGAAGAACCUCAGACCUGCGUAGACAUAGACGUAGGAAUAAGUGCGGGAGGAGAGCUCCGUCACCCGGGCGUGAACCGGGACCGAGACGUGGAAGAUGACCGAGGCUGUUGCAUUCAAGACAGCGGAAUCACGACCAGUGAUGAAGGCAACUAUGAGAGAUCGACAAGUGGGAACAGACACGGGAGGAGAGCAGGCCUCCUUCCUCCUCUGAUGGUGAGAUAUCCAAACUGUGCUGCCCCCUGUUGGGAGAAGACAGACGGGCUGAGAUGGGAGGGUCCCGGCAGUGAUGAGCACCAUGCUAGGUGCCUACCUCCCAUAGCAGAGAGUCACACCCAACAGGACGCCCGACCAAAGGCGGAACGAGUCGGGUUUCAGACCCACGAAAAUCCGAAUGGACUCCGCCAGCAGCCUCGGGUUCUUCCUCUGCUGUUUCCAGGGAAGGAGGAAGAGACGAGUGGGCAACAAAGAGGAGGAGGGGGGAAAACGGAGAGACAAUGCCAUAGAAAAGAGACAGGAGGAGGAGGAGGAGGAGGAGGAGGACUGCCCUCCAUGAUUCUGCUGGAGCCAGGAGAAGAGCCUCCUCCAGUGGGACUGUUGGGUUUGGUUGCCGGGCGGAGAGGCCCGGGCAAACAGAGCUCUUUCGCCUUCUUACAGAACCGACAGCCCGACCUGCAGGACCCCAGUGGGCCCAGCGAUGCUAACAGGGGCGCGGUUAGAGGGGUUCUGCCUCUGGAGCUGAAAGAUUUGCAGAACGGCAAAUCGGUGGGCAGCCUGAUCUUGGGUCCCGACGGGGAGAUCAUACACCUGUCGCUGUACGACUGCCCAUCCCACGCCGAUGGUGACGCACGGGAACGAGCUCUCCAGGUUGUGUCUGCAGAUGGAGAGAAGUUACCCUGGGUCAUCGUGCUGCAGCCUGAACACACACACACAGAGGGAGAGGCGGAGCUUAAGUCAGACGGUCCUGUGGGUGUCAUCCACCACCGUCAGUCCGCACACGAGCUCUUAGGUCUACCCAGACCGACGGAGACAAAUGCAUGCUCAUCCAGCAGCUACACAGACCCAGCGGCUGUGACCUCCGAGAAGAAAGCAAAGGGAGCGGGAGCAGUGUCCAAAAAGUGGGUAAAGGGGGCUCGAGACCUUACGCCGAUGCCUCCUUUGAGGGAGCAGGUGGGGAGGGAGGAGCUGAGAGGAGGCGACGCUGAGGCGGAAGAGGAGGAUGACGAAGAGGAAGAGCCGAGCAGUGGACAGAGCCAGCAGGACUUCAGCCCAAAUGAAGCCACGACAGAGGGCGCCGAGGACGAAGAGAGGAAGGACACGACAAGGAAGGACACGACGAGGAAGGACACGACGAGGAAGGACACGACGAGGAAGGACGUUGAGGAAGCUGCAACGUCCACGGGGAAAAAGGAGGUGAAGAGAGAGAGAAGUGCAGCAGCAGACGGACGGAGGGCGUCGAGGACAAAGAGGGAAGGAAGACGGCGGAAGACAGGAAGUGGAACUCCAGAGCGGAGGAGCAACAGAGAUAAAAAGAGGACGAAAGAGCGGGAAGGAGAAAAAAGAGAAGAAGGACAAGUGAAGACGAAGGAGGAGCGAGACGAGCGAAGAGGAGUGGGGAGGCCGAAGGAGGAGGAGGAGGAGGAGGCGGAGGAGGAGGCGGAGGAGGAGGAGUCCGCAGGGAGCAACAAGAGGAGCAGGAGAGGAAGAGCGAGACACACGGAGUCGCCUGUCGGUGACUCAGAGGAGCCCGGAGAGGAAGAGGAGGCGCAAACCACCAGCCAGGAGGUGCAGGGGGCCUCUGGCGUGAGGAGCACCAGGAGGCCGUCUGCAACGCGACGUCACGCCGACGAGGACACGGGGCGUCUCUCCACCGACGGCGGCGGCCAAUCGGUGAGCUCGCUGAGGGCCGCCGCCCCCAGGAGGUCGACCGCCUCCUCCUCCUCCUCCUCCUGCGAGGGGGGGGCGACCCCAGCCAGCGCCGCGGGUCGCGCUUCAUCUCGCGGACGCCUGUCGUCGUGUUCCAUCGUCAUGGUGACGGAGGAGCGGCUGACGCUGAACCCGAUGAAGCCGGAGUUCGACGGGCCCACGAGGAAGACUCUGGAGGAGGAAGAGGAGGGUGCAUCUCUGCGUCUGGCCGAGCAAGCGGAGAGGAGGAGGCAGGAGGUGGAGAGGAAGAGGAGGGAGCAGAAAGAAGAGGAGAGGAAGAGGAGGGAGGAAGAGGAGAGGAAGAGGAGGGAGCGGGAGGAAGAGGAGAGGAAGCGGCAGCAGGAGGAGAGGGGCAGGACGGAGGAGAAGAUGAAGAGCGAGCUGGAGGAGGAGAGGAGGAAGAGGGCCGAGGAUCUCAGGGUUUCAGACAGGAAAGUUCAGGCCCAGAGAGAGAAAGAGAGGAGGAGGCAGGAGGAGAGGAAGCGGCAGACGGAGCGCCUGCAGAGGAUGAGAGAAGAGGAGGAACAAAGGAGAGGAGUUGAGCUGGAGCGCCUCCGCCUGGAAGAGGAGAGGAGGGCGGAGGAGGAGAGAGAGAAGCUGCAGGAGAUGGACGAGGGCGAGAGGAGAGAGUACCUCCGUCUAAAGGAGCUGGAGGAGGAGAAGAGGAGGAGCGAAGAAGAGGAGCGGAAGAGGAAGGAAAAGGAGGAGGCAGAGGAGGCGGAGCUACAGGCGGAGCUGCUCUCCAGACAGGGGGCGCUGUUGCAGCAGCAGUUGGCCUUCAAGAGGGGUCUGGUGUGGGAGGCUGGGGGUCUGGAGAAGACUCGGGGGGUCUCCAGGCCGUGGAUCUACUCAUAUUUCACUCUGCUGCAGCUGCUGGGUCUGAGUCCUGACCUUUGACCUU